GGAGGUCUGGCAGCGUGGCCCCAGGUGCUUCCCAACCCGCCCCUGUCCUGCCUCAGUCCUCCCCGCCGCUUUACCUGGGCUCCCGCGGCUUGCCUCCGUAGAGCCGGCGGCUGUACCAGGGCCCGCCCCUCGAGGUUAGCUGUCAGUUGGCCGGUCGGUCAGCGCAUCCUUUCAUCUUUUCCACCGUUCAUUCACCGGUCACUGACUCCUCCAGCACUUACCGAGCCUCCUGUGUGCCCGGCUGCUGGUUUAGGAGGUGGACUUGGCGCUGAUGGGCUCCUUACUGCCACUUCUCGGGCUCCUUACUGCCACUUCUCCGGCGGCCAAAGCGAGCUUUUAGGUCUCAGCCCUGGGUCCUGGCUUCCCAGUCUGGGUGUGAUCCUGUCAGACACUUCCGAAACACCUUCCACUUUCCCCUUCGUAGUUUUCAUCACAAUUAAGUUGGGUAAUUAAGUGUGCUUUCUGUUUAACUUGCGCCUCUCGCUAUUUUUAAAUUAUGUGAUGGCAAAUACACUGUCUUGAUACCUUUUUUGCUCAGUGCACAGAUAGGCACUCAAUAAAUAUUUCUACUUUUAUACUUAAUUGAUUUGUGGUACUAGGGAUCGAAUCCAGGCAGGGCCUCAUGCAUUUCAAACAAGUACUCUACCACUAAGCCACAUCCCCAGCCCCUUGAUAAAUAUUUUAAAUAAGUAUGUGGGAAAAUGCAGGCCCUUUUCUAAAGGGCGUUUUGAUUUGGUGGGAGAAUGCAUUUAUGAAACAGUACUUUCUCAGAGUAGGUAUCCAAGAGGAUGUACCCUGGUGUCAGAUGAGUUGGUUUCAAAACAAUCAGACCAUAUCACUUAGAAGCCAUAUAGCCUAGGAUAAAUUAUUUCAUAUGUUCUGUUGCUCUUCAAACAGUUGAAUGUACACCAUAGAAUGCUGUGAAGAUGAAAUGAAUUAAGACACUUAAAAGGUAGAUAGAUAAUGCUGGAGUCUAAUAAAGUGUCAAUUGGUGUUUUCUGUUACAAUUAAGUGAUUAAAUAGAUUCAUUGUAAUGCAUUACAUUAGAAAGCAGAUACAUUGUAGAACCGAAGGCCUCAGCAAGCAGGAUUGCCUGGAUAUACUCUGACCAGGGAGGGAAAUGCCUUCUUCCAGAGGAAGGGGCUAUAGGCAAGCUCAGUGUUCCCACCUCCCCAAGGCUCCACCCACCCACCAAACACCCCCCCCCACACACACACACCAGGUACUAGAAAGCUGGUUUGCUAGACAGCUACCUAAACCCAGAAUUCUGAUGAGAAACAGUUGGGUUCUACCCCCACUGACAAGACCGCUUUCUCAAAUUUGCACCAUAAGAAGGUAGCAGAAGCUGUCCCCUGAAACACUAGAACACCUUUUUCCAAACUUCCUCUCAGUGGGAUGAUGGGAGACUCAGUGGACCUAUACUUUCUUUUACCAACUGCUGGCUGGCAAAUUUUCCCCAAUAAAGUCUAUUCUGUAACCCAUACUUUGUGAUGUGGAAUUUACCCUUAUCUGUGAUGUCUUGGGUACCUACUCAGUUUUUUUUUAAAAUGUAUAUUUUAUUGUUCAGGUUUAGUGAGGACCACAGAUCAGAAGAUGAUUGCCUUUGAAAAUGUACUUUGUUAUGGUUUUCAAGAAAAGGGGGCAUGCCUUACAGGGAAACAUGUGGAAUUCCUCUGCCAAUUGGUCAAGAGGCAGAGGGAGUGAGGGGAAAUGGGCAAGAGCCUGUUUUGUGGGUUCUAUGGGAAGAAACCAUCAAGACAGGGUAAGCAAGGGUAGGAUUGGCUGAUUUGGAUAAUUUUAGUGAACUCUCGGGAGAGGGGUUCUUCCUAGUUGUUUGAUACUUGAUCCUGAAAUGUGAGUAGAGGGGAGUGAUGACCUUAAGUACGAGAGCCCUUUAGAUAAGGUGGUGGGGCUCUGGGACUGUUGGUUUCAUUUGGAAAGUAUGCUCACAGGUGAGUUGUUUACUAUCUCUAGGGAUUGGCUAGUCCUGGGAGGAACAGUCUCUCCAGUAUCAUUAAAUACCCAGAUGCCAAAGCAUCAUAAUAAAAAGACAUGUUUUAUACACCAGCCCACAUACUCAGGUACUUUUUUGUUGUUUCCAAUUCCUAUAGCUCUGCAAUGUUACAUUAUUAAUUCCAUGUUUAGGAGAGGAAAUGGGAUUUCAGAAGGAUUCAUUUGGUGAAUGAUGUUGGACAACUAGUUAGAGACUGUAUCAUGAGUCUAAAUUGGGUCGUGUGACUUCAAAGUUGGUCUCCAGCUCAUACUGGGUACUGAACCCAGGACCUUACACAUGCCAGGCAAGCACUUUACCACUGAGCUAUACCAUCAUCCCUGAAACUGGUGCUCUUUCUGUGAGCAAGAUCACUUUGCUAUGGUAGAUAUGAGAAAUGCUGUGGGAACAAUUUUCAGUCCAUAUUAGGCACUUGACAAUGUUGACCACUACCUCUUUGAAUUUUCCAGUUCAUUCUUUUAUAUAGAUAGAAGGUGUUAUGCAUUGGGUUGAGUGAUGGAGAUACAAUAGUGAGCAAAAAUGUUGAUGUACCUUACAGUGAAGUCAUAGAUAAACAGGUAUUAACCAAAUGAUCCCACUAAAGUAUAUGCACUGACAAAGUGAAAAAAGUGCUUUGAGGGAAAGAAAUGUUUUUAAACUUUGUCUCCUGUGUCUCCUUGACUAAUCCAGGGUUCUUAACCCCUGGUUGUACAUCAGAAUCACUUGCAGAAUAUAUUACAAGUAUAAUUGUUGGGACCUCAUCUAGGAGAUUCUGAUUAUGCUUUAAUGAAUUCCAGAUAAAUUCAAUGAGUGCAGUCAAAGAGAGCUUUACCUUGACUAAAAGUACAUUGCUUUUAUUAAAAACCAAAUAAACAACAACAACAACAAAAACUGGUCAGGGGCACACGGAGAGAAAAUGUGUAAGCAUUCCUAUUAAUAACCCCAGCCAAGCUUCCUGAUAUUAGCCACAAUCAGUUGCUAGACAGUGAGUAAUACCCCUUGGAAACCUUCUCCACUGGAACCUUCAAAUCUCCAGCCCAACUGAUAAGAUCACAACCACAUUAGGGAUCAAAAGUUGAAACUAGGGCCUGGGGCUGUAGUUCAGUGGCAGAGCACUUGCCUAGCAUGUGUGAGGCACUGGGUUCAAUCUUUAGUAUCACAUAAAAAUAAACAAAUAAAAUAAAGGCAGGCUGUCCAUCUACAACUACAAAAUUUUCUUUAAAAAGUUGAAACUAAUAGUUAAACUUGAUCAAUAAACAAUACUGUGAGAAAUACUAGUCUAUUUUUGUUUAAAAUCAUUAAAAACAAAACAAAACUGGUUAUAAGAACAGAUCAGAUCUGCAAUUUGAAAAGAUCACUCUGGUUACAAUGUAGAUUAAUAGAGUAAUGGGGAUACAGUGCAUUGAGGAAGACAGUAGAUAAGUUAUUGUAAAGUAUGACAGAUGGGACAUUUAGGAUGAAUAUGGUGGUGGCAGAGUUUAGGAUGGGCAGACAGGCAAUGAAAUCAGUAGGCUAAUAUGCAUUAAAUAAAGGAAGGAAGUAAAAGAAAGAAUUUUAUUAUGGAUGAUUUCUGGCUAUACAGCCAGGUAAGAUAUUCCUGUUACCUGAAAGGGAACCAAUGGAAGAGAGCAGAUUUGAUAUGGGAGAAAUCAUGAGUUGUUUAUGAAUGUACUAUUUGAUAUGCAUUUGAGAAAUUCAAGAGGAGUUAUGGUGGGAGUGAAGAACUGUGGGUAAAUAGGUCUGGAGCUCAGAUAGGAGGUCUAUACUAGAAGAUGGUAAACAAAGGUGAGGGUUAGGUAGCCUUGGAGGAAAGUGGAGAGUUAAAAAAGGUGAGAAUUUAGGACUAAUCUUAGAGAAUUCUGAUUUAGAGGGGGUGGACCUAUGAAGGAGAUGGAGGAGUUUAUAUCCUUCCUUUAGCCACACACCCAUGGAAGAUGAGUUGGUGAGGCAUAAUAUUUAUAAUAAAAUUGAAUAAUACCACAAACAUUGAAAAAAAGGCAAGAGACAUAACAGAAACUAAUAGUCACAAAGGAUACAUAGAUGUAAUGCAGCCCUUGGUAAAUGCUAUGUACACAGGUCUGACAGUGCAGCAUCAUGUGAUUCUUUUUGUUUAUUUUUUAACCUUAUGAUUUCUUAAAUUACAAUUAUCACAUAAUAAGAAAUAAAAAAUAUAUUUAUUAUUUUUCUUCUGCAAAAAAUUAAGAAAAAACAUCCCCAAGUUUCUAUUGUGUUUUGGUGUAUUUGAAGCACCUGUUAAUAUCUGGUAAAGUAUAGUUUAGGAAAUGCUGCUUUGUUGGUACCUCAGACAUAACUUUCUUAGUGAAUAGCUCAGCAAAUGACACCAGCAACCUCCAGUCACCAGGCAUAUCCAGAAACCUGAGUCUUUCUAGAUUCCCCUUUCUUCCAAACCCUUAUUCAGUGUGUCCUAUCUUUAUAUUUUUUGACUCCCAUAGUCUAAAUAGUUGCAACAAACCCUUACUCAUCUCUUCUCUCUCUUUGUGGGCACAUAGAUCCUCCAGCCCUUCCUGUGGCCAUGAGGGAUCAACCCCUUGGACCCUGGAGGGCUUGGCUGUUCCCCUAUAGUUAUCUCUUCUCCUUAAUUGUACCCCAGGCUCUGGCACAUUAUUCUUAACCAGGCUUCUACCUAUUAGAAGCACUUGGGGACACUCACUUAAGCCCCAUCCCUGGAGAUUCUGACUCCAUGAAUCUCUCAUGGUGCCUCUAUACUAAGACAUAGCCAGAGGUGACAACCAUUAGUCUGGCCUCCCUAAACCAUUUUCAUUUCUUCAAUAGGCCACAUCUUCUCACACUUCUCCCCUCUCCCUGGGCUUAGUCAGUGGUCUUUCUCUUGUGCUUAUCAUCUUUAGAUUUAUCAAUCUGUAUUUACCUGUCAAUUUCACAUACUAAAUAAACUGAGUCCUUGCAGACAGAACUCAUUAUCUUGAGACUCCUGUUUAGUAUGCCUGCUAGCACAUAGUUAAUGUUCAAGUAUUUGUUGAAAAAAUGGAUGAAGGAAUCUCUUUCUCUUUUCCUUGUGCAGUUUCAGAAUCUUGUGACAAAUUCAAGAAUAACUUUUCCUUGUUUGUACAUGUAUAGCCAUUCUUCAUAACUCCUUUCUAAUCUUUUCAUCAUUAUUCCUAGUUUAUAGUAACAAUCAAGGUUGUCCUGGGCAUUAACCAAUUCUGGAAUAAAAAGGAGAAGUUCUUGAGGCCAGGCAACCCUGAGGUCAUGUCUUGACUGGUUUGGGACCUUGGGAAAAUUCAUUAACUUUCAAGAAGCUUUCAUCAUCUGUAAAACAUGGGGAUCAAAAUAUCAUAUAGUGUUACUGUCAUGCCCCAAUAAAAUAGAAUUUGUAAACUACCUGGCCUAUAGUAGGUACUUAUGAAGUGUGAGUUCCUUUCUUUGGGGAGUUAACUACUUUGAUUGCAGAACCCAGUGCUCUGCUCACUGGCUGUAUGCCUUUGGUCAGCUUAUGAUUCUCAGUAGUCUAAUUUGGAGAUUGGCCACAAUUAGGAUUAUCUUUAUAUAACACUAUUUACUAUCCCUAAUUUUGUGCAUAACAUUAUUACCAAAGGUCAAAUUGGUUUUGACUAUAUUAAAGUUUUGUUUCACAUCCCCCAAAAUUCUUGAAUCAUCUAUAGAUGUAUCAUUUAUAUGGAAGCUCCCUUUUAGUAAGUUUUCUUUAUAGUGCUAUAUUCCCUGGCAACUGGCCUUCAAAAACCUGUAUUUACAUUCCAAGCAUAUGGUUUGCUUGUAUAACACCAGCACUAUCCACUUCAGGGCCUCCCUGAAGAGUUGGAAUUCAGAAGGAAUUCCUCAGAUACAAGUUUCCAUCUCUUCUCUGCCUCAGCUGGACAGCUUUUUCAGACUGUCUAUUCCCAGAAUGUCAGAAGAGAUCACAGCAUUGGCUUACCAUGCUCCAAAAGAACAAGAAGGACUUAUAAUUGUGAAGGUUGAAGAAGAAAAUUACGUUUGGGGGCAGGACUUUGGCCUUCAGAGGAACUCCCAGAGCCAGGAGGUCUUCCGCCUGCGUUUCAGGCAGUUUAGUUAUUCUGACUCCAGUGGGCCCAGAGAAGCUAUGAGCCAGCUCAAGGAGCUUUGCUCUCGGUGGCUGAAACCGGAGGCACACUCUAAGGAACAGAUAUUGGAGCUGUUAGUGCUGGAGCAGUUUCUGGCCAUCCUGCCUGAGGAACUGCAGGCCUGGAUGCGAGAGCAGGGGCCAGAUAAUGGAGAAGAAGCUGUGACUCUGCUGGAAGAGUUGGAGAAAGAACUCAAUGAAUCAAGGCAACAGGACUCUGCUCGUGGCCAGAAAAUGAUCUGGAAGAACACAACAUGCACAGGAGUUCUGAAGUCUCUAAGUCACUCUUUGCGGUCUUUGGAGAGCCAAUGCAAGAGUGAGACUCAGGAGCCCCAAGAUUUCCACGAGAGAGAUGGCAAGAUGGUAGCUGACAAAAUGUUGACAGCAAAGCAAGAAAUUAUUGAAUGUGUAGCCUCAACUGCUAUAUCUCCAGGAAGACUUCUUGGGGAAAUUGCUUCAGUACAGAUAGUUGAAGAAGCUUUGGACGGUCUGGACAACUCUGAGAAGCAAAGGGGAAGUGCUACAAUGAACAAAAUGAGUCAGCUCCCUUCCCAGGAAAGACAGUAUAGCCUGGCAAUGUUCAACAAGAAAAUCCCCACAGAGCAGUGUUUCCCUGAAUGUCAUGAAAUUGAAGGAAAUCUCAAUCUGAACUCAAAUGAUAUUACACCACAGAGAAUUCACACAGGGGACAAGCUCUAUGAGUGCUUUGACUGUGGGAAAGCCUUUUGCCAAAGCUCAAAGCUGAUUAGACAUCAGAGAAUUCAUACUGGAGAGAGACCUUAUGCAUGUAAAGAAUGUGGUAAAGCCUUCAGUUUGAGCUCAGACCUUGUUAGACAUCAGAGAAUACACAGUGGUGAAAAACCAUAUGAAUGUUGUGAAUGUGGAAAAGCUUUCAGGGGCAGCUCAGAGCUCAUUAGGCAUCGGAGAAUUCACACAGGAGAGAAACCUUAUGAGUGUGGGGAAUGUGGGAAAGCUUUCAGCCGGAGCUCAGCCCUUAUUCAGCAUAAGAAAAUUCACACUGGUGAUAAAGGCUAUGAAUGUAUUGAAUGUGGUAAGGCUUUUGGUAGGAACUCUAUCCUUAUUGAGCAUCAAAGAAUUCACACUGGAGAGAAACCUUAUGAGUGUAAUGAAUGUGGAAAAUCCUUUAAUCAGAGCUCAGCCCUUACCCAGCACCAGAGAAUCCACACUGGGGAGAAACCUUAUGAAUGUAGUGAAUGUAGGAAAACAUUUAGACAUAGAUCAGGUCUUAUGCAGCAUCAAAGGACACACACCAGAGUUUAAGUCUGAGUAAGAGUUGUAUAAUUGUGAAAUGCAAAAAAUUCACUUUGAGGAUGAGACUCAACAGAAGAUAGAAUUUUCCUGAGAGUAGGGUGCCUGUCCUUCCAGCCCAGUUCAGUUCUGUAAGAGGAGAUCCACAUGAUUGUUACGAUUGUUAAGUGUUAAGUGGAAAGAAUUUGUUUUUUUAAAUCAGGUCUUUGAAAAGAAUGGUGGGUAUUCUCUAGAAAUGCCUAGCUUUAUCUGCAUGAAGUCUCUCAUCAAUACCACCUUUACCUCACCAACCCAAUUAUAACUGCCACGUUCAAGUCCAGAAUUAUGUACCUAAAAGAGCUCCUUACAUGAUGGCAAGGAUAAGAACCCUGCUCAGCAUUUUGUGCAUUUGGUAGGUGAAGGAAUGUACUAAGAAUUAUUCAACUACCUGAAAUGUUGACUUGUAUGGGAAAUGCUGAAUUAUGCCCUGGCUUGUUUUAACAAGAUCCAAGGCAGUUUAAUAUUAUCUGAGGAAUGGUGGUUCAUUGUUCCCACUUCCCAUUUCUCUCCACAGCCCUAUGCUUCCUACAAGGCCAAUUCAGGUUUGCUUUUUAAUUAAGCACCUGCUGUGUUUAGCUAUUUGGGACAGAUAUGGUCAUAGCUGUCCCAGAGUUAAGGGUUAAUGGAAUAUACAUAUUUACUAAAUAAGUAAGUAAAGUGCAAUAAGUACUUUGAUAGGAUAAAUCCAGUGUGUUUCUGGAGUACAUGGCAGGGCUACCUUACCUGAUCUCUAAAGACUUCUUGGAUGUGCUAACAUCUCAGUUGAGACCUAAACUGUAGAAAUUAGCCAGGUCAAGGGCAGAAGAAAGCAGAGGUUAUAGGACAUAUAAGGCAUGAAAAGAAGAGAAUCUGGAGACAUCAGGACUCUUCACUUAGCAGGAAUUAGUUGUCAUAGUCUGGCAGGACAUGUGGCUAAGAAGCCAAGACAUGUGUCUAGAAGAUAUGUGUUGGAUUUUCUCUAUUUAUAAUCACUAUACAGAACUUAUAACCUAUUACAUUUUCAAGUGCUCAGAAUGAGGGUAGUAGAAGACUGGUACAUCUUAUGGACCAUAACAGGCAUGAUGCACACCAAAUAAAGAAUAUCCAUUGGAGGCUAUAGGGACAGUGAGGUCUAGAGUAUGUGUUUUAUGACCCUGGAUCUCAGGAAAUGGGAAACUUCCAGGGACCCAGAAAUGAGAAAUUUGCCUUCCCAGACCCUAUAUUCUUCAUUCUCUUACCCUUACCCUCAGCACCAGCUCUGUAAACUCUAAGCCACUUGAGGGCAAUAAAUAUUUGUUAAAUUAACCAGAUUCCUCAAAAUUAUAUUUUCCUAAUUUUUACUUUGGCAGUUUUAAUUAACCUACAAUUGUUGAGGGCAAUUAAUACUUAAGAACUUUUUUCUUUUUUGGGUACUAAGGAUUAAACUCAGGGGCAGUAGACCACUGAGCCACAUCCCUAGCCCUAUUUUGUAUUUUAUUAGACAGCGUUUCACUGAGUUGCUUAGCUUCUUGCUAAAUUGCUGGCUUUGAACUCGAAAUCCUCCUGCCUCCGCCUACUGAGCUACUGGGAUUACAGGUGUGCGCCACCAUGCCCGGCCCUUAAAAACAUUUUUGAAGACUUGAUGUUCAUAGUUACUGUGGGUAAUAGAGAUGAAAUUGGGAAGGAUCUUUGUGCCCAAAGUUUACGCAGUUGUCAUUGAGUGAGAUCAACCAUAAGAUUAAAGGGAUCCUUCACAUGGGAUAGUGAGUUGCCUUUUCCUAUAGGUGACAAUCAAAUGAUUUAAUGUUUUAAACAGCAUUUGAUGGCUUUUCCUUAUUGUAAAUGCUGAUAAUACGGAACAUAUAAAUUACCCACAAUCCCUUUACCCAUAGAAACUCUUAACAUUUUAGAGUACUUUGUGUUUUCUUCUCCAAUCCUAACAUUCUUGGCAAAAAUAUUGUAAAUAAAAGUUACUAAUUUUAACAUUUAUAUGUUGAGUAUACCUUUUAACUGUUCAGUAUGAGAAUGUAAAGCAAGAUGUAAUAAAAUUUGAGUUUUAAA